CACAGACUUUUUAGUGUAGCAAUAACAGGGGAUUCGACUUAUAAAUACAGAAGUAUCUUUUGAUACCAUUAAUUCUAUUUCGCUUACAAGAAGCAUGAGUGAGAACACUGAGCCUGGAAGAGAACUGGACGUGUGGAUGUCAAAAUGGGAAAAAGGACAAGCAGUCUGGCACAAAACCCAUGUUCAACCGCUGCUGGUGAAAAAUUUCGAUUUGCUCGUCGCUGGGAAGAGAAACGCUAAGGUCCUUGUUCCUUUGUGUGGGAAAAGCUUAGAUAUGAAAUGGCUUGCUGACCAGGGGCAUACUGUUGUUGGAGUCGAGGCAUCAGAACUCGCUGUCCAGGCUUUCUUCACAGAAAACGGUAUACAGCAUACAGUCACCGACGUCCCUGCUAUUGAUUUCAAGCUUUACCAGGACCCAGACAACAAAAUACGCAUCUAUGUGGGGGAUUUUUUUAAGUUCAGCAAAGAAAUGGAGGGUGAAUUUGACGGAAUUUGGGACAGAGCAGCACUAGGGUCCAUACAUUUAGAGGACCGUGAGCGCUACGUCAAACUUAUGGUAUCACUUAUGAGUGAAGAUUGUCAAUACCUGGCUGAGGCAUAUUAUUAUGAAGGCACAUGCACUAUGCAGAGAAUACCACCACCGCAUUCUACUCGUCCAGAUACCAUAUACAAGUUGUUUGAAUACACCUGUGAUGUGAAAAUGAUUGAGCACGUUGAUCUAAAACAGGUCGAUUUCAUCUGUUCCCCUCCUUUUAAGCCUGAAAUUGAUGUCCUGUUUCUUUAUUUGUACCUUUUCACAAAGAAGAAAUAA